UUGUUUAAUAUGUCGAAUAAUGCUGCCUUUUCACUAAAUUACAGAAUCAACCAAAUGAAAAAUCUAAGGAAAUUGACCUAUGAUGGAAUAAAACCAAUAAUGUCUUAAUUUCAUGACGAUUCAAGAGAAAUCUAUAAACCUCAUCAAAGAAAACAUGAAUUUGAAUUUUUACAGAAAUAUGAAAAACCUAGUAUUGAAAUUGUUUUAUUAUUUUUAGUAAAUUUCUAAUUUAGAUAAGAUAGAAGAAGUUCUAUUCGAACUUCUGUGCAUCAAACUAAUUUAAAUUUUAGACUUUAGCCUCGAACAAGCAGUAUUAAACUUCCUAGUUUUCAUAAUCGAAAAAAUGUGAGUAAAUCAAUACAUGAAAUAUUCUCCACAAACGAUCCCUCUAUGAAUUAAAGCGCGUUUGGAAUUCAUUGAAAACUCAAUUUAUAAAAUAUUAAUUAUAA